AAAUUUCCGCUUCUCCAUUUACUCCCCGAAUAAUUGAAAGCAUCACGAACGGAUAUCUUCACUAUGUCCAACUUCAUGCAGGAAAUCUAUCAUCAGAUGUGGGUAAGACAAAGAGUCAUUGUCAAAAAUGUCACUAUCGGAGUACCUCAGCCGCACUUGGUCAGGCCGGAGCCCGGAUACGGAGUCAAUCCAGAGCAGGCUCUAACCGGGGACUUCCCCGGCCUUGAGUUCACAGAAAUGGUGCGGGAACAAGAGUUCACAGUACUCCAGGCUGGGGCAAGGCUUCCAUGCGGCACUGAUUUGCUUCUCGUACGUUCCGACUAUGAUAGGAUAGAGCGUCUCUUGGUAGCUUCGGAGUUGGGAAGAUGGUCCGAUGGCCCCGGACUCCUAGAACCGGGAGCCAACCUGGACCACAAGCUGUCUGGUCCAUCCGGCUCAGGUAUGUAGUAAUUAUCUGAUCCAUAUCUGGUCCCUAGUCUGACCUAUGAGAAGGAAAAUCUGUUUUUCUUUCUUACCUCCUCGCGCGUAGGCUCUCUAUGGGUCAGCCCACCGUUUACCGUGAGGAUGACAGAAAGUGUUUUCUCUUCGACCAAUACACCCCCGGGAAGCAAGUGAAUGCAGAUGCUCUAUUCCGCCUUCCCAUGGACCAACAAAAACGGCUCUGGAUUCUCACUUCUGAUCCGCCUACUGAUCCGCGCUGGAGUUAUUCAUGCGGUUGGUUUGUGGUCUUAGCAGACAUACCGGAACAUAUGAAAUCCACUAGCCAUAGCGAGUGGGAGACCGGGAGAAAUGUUGGCGUGCACUACAUGAGCGAUUGGCAAUGGAGUGAAAUAUUCGCUGUUUUCAAGUAUUAACCAUGCCUACGUGUAGGGUGAGCAAUCGGCUGACCCAGGUACUUUGUGAUAGGUUAUUGGGGCCAGAUACUCCGACACCUAGUGAGAUUGGGAAUCUCUACACAACCUUCGUUUGUCUGGGCCCAGCAGCGAGGACAUGCCUGAUAUCAAUCCCUACCUCAAUUGAGGCAGGCUAUAACCGUAGGCUGAGUGCUCAUCUUUGCCGUGUGGAUACCAAUAUACAGACCUUCCUUGCCCGCGGCGCCUAUAAGAGCAUCCUAGCUAGUCUCACCAGGCCUCUCUCCCCCAAUUCAGCUGUCAUGGAACCUGCCGAAGACGCAUUGUUCCGCAAGGCCGGAAUUACCACCAGAUGGCUAGCCCACCGGGUACUUAUGGUAGCACUGGAGCAGUCCUCCCGGAUUGGAUUUGGGUUAUUCCCUUAUUUUUUGCGCUAUCAAGGACUACAAAACAUUAGUGGAUGGAUUUUCGAGGGGUGUGCCCAAUAUGUGCUCAGCCACGGAGGGUCCUUCAAUGCCGGCGAAAUUCCUAUCGCAAACAAUAACUCUCUGCCACUCAAAUUCACGAUACAAAAAAAUCAAUCCGCCUGCCCUCAUUAUUUUGCCAGUACAGGCCACCUAGCCCAACAGGUUAAGGAUAGGUAUCGUGAUGGUCUUGCACCAGAUACUGUAGGAAAAUAUUUCCUGCCGUACAGCCGGAGGCCGGAGUCCAUUGAUGGGCUAGUUUUUAGUCAUCCGGACACCUUGAUUAUAUUCCGGAUUACGAUCGCUGGCACUCUCACAAUCGAUUUGCAAGAGAUACAAGACCUCUCCCGUGCCUUGCCGGCUACCAUCCGUCAGAUACGUGUUGUCUUUGUUGUCCCGCAAGCUCACACCAGACCUGACGUCACGCUCCUUUGCAUCUCCGAGGCCCCUGCCAUUAUUCCACCAGUCAGCGGUUCAGCCAUUGGGCUGUUUCAACUAGUCUGUACGUAUGGUGACAUGCAAGCGGCGGUUGUGCAUAGACCAUUCAUCUGAAUGGAUGGCGGUUGUAGCGGGUGUGGGGGAAGGGGUGGAUACUGGGGUGUGAGGGAUGUUGCGAGGACUGCUAUACUGUGGGGUGUGGGAUAGGGUACACAGAAUUUGUGGGUGGUGGAUCCAAUGGGCAUCGGGGGCACAGGUUGACUGCUUGUUCAUGAUAUUGAUCAAUUUCAUCUGGCAUGUAGUUAGAAGUCCAAAGGGGUAUCAUGACCAUUAGCCAACUG